UCUGUGUUUUUCCAGAAGUGUCCUGAGGAGCAGGGAAGCAUGGCUACUGUGGAUCUAAAAACCAUGUUCAAGGGGUUGGUGACAUUCGUGGAUGUGGCCAUAGACUUCUCUAAGGAAGAAUGGGAAUGCCUGGGCCCUGCUCAGAGAGACUUAUACAGAGAUGUGAUGCUGGAGAACUACGGCAGCUUUGUCUCACUGGGACUUACCAUUUCAAAGCCAUCAGUGAUUUCCUUAUUGGAACAGGGAAAAGAACCUUGGAUGGCUGGGAAAGCAGGAUGGUACCCAGAUUUUCUAUCUAGGUAUGAGACUAAGGAGUUAUCCCUAACGAAUGGCAUUUUUGAAAAGGAAUCAUUAAAAUGGAAAAUUAUGGAGAGUGUCAGAAGUUCUUGCCUUGAGGAAUCUUGUUUUGGAAAUGACGGGAAAGUCAAGGGACUAUUUAAGAGACAACAGGAAACUAAAGAGGAAUAUUUCAGGCAUGUGACAGUCCCAUUUGAAAAAAUAUCAAAUGAAUUCAUCCAGCCUACCUCCCUUAUUCUAAAAAAAAUAAUUUAUGCUGGCGAGAAACUCUGUGAACGUAAAACCUUUGAAGACCUUUCUCAACAGGUAAGAAUUCAUACCGGUGACAAACUUGAUGAAAUGUGUGGAAAGGCCUUUAUUUUUUAUACAAACCAUAUGAAACAUCAGCAAAGUCUUCCUGGAAAGAAAUGCGAUGAAUUUAAGGAAUGUAGCAGAGACUUUACUUAUGACUCCCAACUUACUCAAUAUCAAAUAAAUCAUACUAAUAAGAAAACGUAUGAAUGUCAGACAUGUGGGAAGACCUUUAGAAAGCAUGCGCACCUUACUAAACAUAAUCGAAUUCACACUGGUGAGAAACCAUAUGAGUGCAAAGAAUGUGGGAAAGCUUUUGUCUGUUGUUCAACAUUGAUUCAACACAAGAGAACUCAUACUAAUGAGAAACCCUAUGAAUGUCCGGAAUGUAGAAAGGAAUGUAAGGAAUGUGGCAAGGCAUUUAAUAAUUGCUCAACACUUACUCAACACCAGCGAACUCAUACUAAUGAGAAACCUUAUGAAUGUCAGGAAUGUAAAAAGGCUUUUAGGCAAAGUGCACAUCUUAUUCAACAUCAAAGAAUUCAUACUGGUGAGAAACCCCAUAAAUGUAAGCAAUGUUGGAAGGCCUUUGCUUCUGUCUCUGACUUUAAUAGACAUCAGAAAAUUCAUAGUGGUGAGAGACCUUACGAAUGUAAAGAAUGUGGGAAGGCAUUUAAUAGUCGCUCAACUCUAGUUCAACAUCAGAGAAUUCACACUGGUGAAAAGCCCUUUGAAUGUAAGGAAUGUGGCAAGGCAUUUAAUAAUUGCUCAACACUUACUCAACACCAGCGAACUCAUACUAAUGAGAAACCUUAUGAAUGUCAGGAAUGUAAAAAGGCUUUUAGGCAAAGUGCACAUCUUAUUCAACAUCAAAGAAUUCAUACUGGUGAGAAACCAUAUGAAUGUAAGCAAUGUGGGAAGGCUUUUAAGAGUGCAUCGUAUUUUUUUAUACAUCAUAGAAUUCACACUGGUGAGAAACCCUAUGAGUGUAAAGAAUGUAGGAAGUCCUUUAUUGAUUGUUCAACUCUUAUUCAACAUGAGAGAAUUCACACUGGCGAGAAACCCUUUGAAUGUCGGGAGUGUAGGAAAGCCUUUAGGCAGAGGGCACAUCUUACUCAACAUCAAAGAAUUCAUACUGGUGAGAGACCCUAUGAAUGUAAGGAAUGUGGGAAGGUCUUUACUUGUCUUUCACAGGUAAAGAGGCACCAGAGAAUACACACGAGGUGAGAAAUCCUAUGUAUUUGA